AUGGCACCAAAGGCAGCUCAAAAGACCCCCACCACCGCCGGCAAGGCGCCAGCAGGCAAGGCCCCGGCUGAGAAGAAGGAAGCUGGCAAGAAGACCGCCGCCGCGUCUGGCGAGAAGAAGAAGCGCACCAAGACCAGGAAGGAGACCUACAGCUCCUACAUCUACAAGGUGCUCAAGCAGGUCCACCCCGACACUGGUAUCUCCAACCGCGCCAUGUCCAUCCUGAACUCCUUUGUCAACGACAUCUUCGAGCGCGUCGCAACCGAGGCCUCCAAGCUCGCCGCAUACAACAAGAAGUCCACCAUCUCAUCGCGCGAAAUCCAGACCUCCGUGCGACUCAUCCUGCCCGGCGAGCUCGCCAAGCACGCCGUUUCCGAAGGCACCAAGGCCGUCACCAAGUACUCUUCGUCCACCAAGUAA